AAAGGACCAUUCACUGUUGUUGUCGCCUCUUGCCUCUCUUUACAAUUUUGCCAACGAAGGGGAUGUUGGGCGCAGCUUGAGCACAAUGUUCUAACCAAAAAUAUAUUGGUAUCAUGAAAGUAUAAGGACUUGAACGACUUCGGUUGUUCACCUACUUCGCGAUAUGUCUGCAGCGAUGCUGAGCACCACUACCAGCAAGCUUAAUGUAUUGGUCAACAAACUGCACGAGUACAUGGCUCAUUCUACUGUUGAGGACAGCAAUGGCCCGCCAACCUCAGAGGAUGCUGAUGGUCUGACAAACAGGAGCUGUUCUGUGGGAAAUUCAACAGAGCAUGCUGUGACAAAGGCUGGAGUGGAUACCAAAUACUCAAGAAGAAAACCAUCUGUUGUCAUAAAGCAUUCUGGGCUCGAUGAAUCUGGGGACUCAAGUGCAAGUGAGGAUUUCGAUUUACCAGUCAACGCAAAUGGUCACCCUGAUAUCACUAGAUUGCCAAAAGGCACUGUACUGGUGAGGCCUGAAGCUGUUGAUAAUGGAAGAGAUGACUUCAGGGGUCCCGAGUUUCGCAGCAGGAAAUCAGGUGUACUUUCGAGAAGACGUGGAGGAGUUGAACACAUGGGAAUUGUCAGUUGCACCGCAUGUGGCCGACAAGUUAACCACUUCCAGAGAGAUUCCUUCUAUCGACAUCCAGCUCUGAAAGUACUUAUUUGCAAGUCUUGCUACAAGUAUUACUUAAGUGAUGACAUCAGUAAGGAUGGAGAUGGAAUGGAUGAGCAAUGCAGAUGGUGUGCUGAAGGAGGCAACUUGAUCUGUUGUGACUUCUGUAGUAAUGCAUUCUGCAAGAAGUGUAUUCUAAGAAAUUUAGGAAGGAAGGAGCUGUCUGGCAUCUUAGAGAGCAAAUGGUACUGCUAUGUGUGUAGCCCGGAGCCCCUUUUUGACCUGGUGGUGGCCUGUGACAGUGUCCUCGAGAACAUGGAGCAUCUGUGGUAUCAGCAGCGCAAGAAGAACAGAGUAGAGCCGGAGAAAUCUGAACUUUAUCACAUGUUGCCACACUUACCUCAAAACAUUCCUUUGGAUACAUGGGAUCACACUGGCAUGGAUGGUAAUGUGGUGUUCAACUAUAACGCACUGCAGAUUUCUAAGGAUCUUACCAAAAAGGCCAAACAUUUAGUGGACUCAACAAACAUCUUAAACCGGACAUUUGUCAAUUUCAUUCAUACUGUGACAACAAACAAGCAAACACCUGCUGUUCGCAAUCUGUACUUGAACUCCUUUUUGUCAGUAGUUAAAGGUUUGCGAAAAUCACUUGCAGCACUCGAGGAUAGCCUUAAGGAAGAAUUCAGUGACCUGGAUGUCAUGAGCUGUUGGCAAAAGUUAUUUAGUGAUGACUUUGAUGCACAGCCUGUAACAGAAGCAGAUACAGAUAUCUCUGAUAAAAGAUGCUUGCGUGACUUGCAGAAAUUGGCAGCUGAACAUUUAGAAGAUUAUGAUUCUGACUCCAAGGGCUGCACAGAUGGGAGAACUGCACAUGCCUGCACUGGUGAAAACAUGGAUUCAGAUUUAAAUGACACCAGACAGAGUGCCCAAAAGAUUGGCCUGAAGCCUUCUGAAAGCGGUUUCAACAUGACUAAAAAACUAGUAGUAAAACUUACGCCUGUACCAAUGGAGCAGGGGCCAUCCUCUGAUGCUCCGAAGAUAGAGACGGACAUCCACGCGAACGAUAAGAAGUCAGAGGUAAAGGAUGUAUCAGAAGAUGAAGAGACCGGUGUUGUAGGUGCUAAAGCUGACAGCAAGAUGAGCAAUGACAACUCUAGUGCAUCUCUACACCCAGAAGAGGAACAAGGCAAUAGACGAUCUCCUCGCGUGAAGACAACACCUUUGCGUCGACCAAGUGAUGUCAAGGCCAAAACGUCUCGUUCAGCAGCAGACAGUGACAGUGACUCUGACCCUGAGGAAACCUCCAGCACAGUACCAGCCAAAAACACAGAAGAAGAAAGUCCGAGCAGAGCAAGAGACGACUCUGACUCAGAUGAAGUCCCUGCAGCGCUGCUUGAGCGAGCAGCUAUGACACAAAGCUCUGAUGAACCCCAGAGUGAUGAGAAUGGCGGAGAAGCAUCAACUAAGGUGGCCAAGAAAUGUCUCUUCUGGCUCACUAAGAACACCCCAAUCUCACCGGAGAAGAUGCGCUGCAAACGUAAGAUGCUGGACCGUUCCCCCGAGUCUGACUCAAGUAACAGAAGAGUAAAAUCUCGAAGAGAAAGUGGGACAGAUUCCUCUAGUGAUGAUGUGGAAUCGCAGAAGAAAAUAAAACACUUGAAUACGCUGAGGCCAAUAGGGAAGUCUCACCUUGUCAAAAGAGAGGAUCAAGAUGUGGCUAGAAAGCAGGGUAGGAUACAGGCUGGAAAGUCUAAGGCUAAAACUCGUCGGAAAGCAAUGGAGUCGUCAUCGUCCACAAGCGAAGAUGAAGAUGACGGUGAUGACUUUGAGAGUGAAGGAAGUGAUCAGAAGAUGAAGCCAAUCACUGAAGAUGUGGCCUUACUGGGGGCAGCAGCCUUCCACCAAUCUUCAGGAGAUGAGGAGCAAUCUGGGCCCUCGUGGGCAGCAGAAGAAGAUGAUGAUCCAGAAAAUAGAAUCGCUAAGAAAAUGCUAUUGGCUGAAAUCAAAGCUAACUACUCCUCGGGCGAAGAUAUCUCUUCGGAUGAGGAAACGCAGGAUGAUGAAUCUGACUCGGAGGGUGAGAAGGAGUUGAAACAAGGCAAUAAGGAUAAUGAAACCGAUGAAAAUGGAGAAGACAUGGCAUCAGAUUCAUCUGACACCACGUGCGAUGGGCCCAACUCCAGACACCAUCUUCUCCGCCACAAACUAACCUUAGAUGAGGGAACGCCAAGUGACAAGGCCCUGGCAGAGAGUGAUGUAGGAAAGCCAGAGAGCAAGCGAAAGGCCAGCAUCAAACACCUGGGCUCUGAUAGUGAAAGUGAUGGUGACAGUAACGAGUCUGAGCCAGAAGAUCUUGGGAUGAGUGAGGAGCUGAGUCAGUCCGAGGAUGAGGCCGGUGAAGAUGGACUCAUAAGCUCCAGAUUAUCCAGUAAAGAGAAGGAGGCAUUGCGUAGUUAUGAAAAGAAGAUAAAAGUGCCCUGCAUUUGGUUGUCCGACUCCAGCAGUGAAAAGAGUGAUAAAGAGGAUGGAGAUGAGAACAGCGACAGUAAAGGCACACCAAAAGGACGCAAAAAGAUCCGGGAUAUCAUUGAAGAUGAGAAUCUCCGUGCUGAGACCCAGGAAGCCCUCAGAGAGGAGGAGGAGAGACGUCAAAGGUUGGCAGAAAGGAAACAACAGAUGGAGGACAGGAGAGAGACAAUUGAUGGAAAGGAUGAGCUGUCUCAAGUAGCGUGUCCCAUCACCACCAAGCUGAUCCUGGAUCAAGAUGAGGAAACCAAGAAUCCUCUUGUUCAGGUGCACAGGAACCUGGUGACGAGACUGAAGCCUCACCAGGUGGACGGAGUCCAGUUUAUUUGGGACAGUUGUUGUGAGUCUGUGAAGAAAGCCAACUCCUCCCCUGGAACAGGCUGUAUACUGGCACACUGCAUGGGCCUGGGGAAGACUCUGCAGGUGGUAACUUUCCUCCACACGGUGCUGCUGUCAAAGAACCUGAAAUUCAGAAGGGCCCUGGUCGUGUGUCCACUUAAUACUAUCCUCAACUGGGUCAGCGAGUUCAAGAAAUGGCAAAACAACAUGGGACAGGAUAAAGUGAUAGUUACAGAACUGGCUACAAAAAAGCAUCCUGCAGAACGACUCAGGGCUCUGCAGCGGUGGCAGAGUGACGGGGGUGUUAUGAUAAUGGGAUAUGAGAUGUACCGCAUCCUGUCACAAGCCCAGAAAAUGAAUGAGGAGUGCAAGAAAGAGUUACAGAGCAUACUGGUGGAUCCAGGUCCAGACUUUGUGGUUUGUGACGAAGGACACAUCCUGCGCAACGAAGCGACCAACAUCUCCAAAUCUUUAAAUGCCAUCAAGACCCAACGAAGAGUGGUGCUAACUGGCACACCACUACAAAACAACCUAAAUGAGUACCACUGCAUGGUCAAUUUCAUCAAGAAGAAUCUACUGGGCUCACUGAACGAAUUCCGAAACCGUUUCAUCAACCCCAUACAGAACGGCCAAUGUGCUGACUCCACAUCAAGAGACGUCCGAAUCAUGAAGAAGCGAGCACAUGUGCUCCAUGCAAUGUUGGUCGGAUGUGUCCAGAGACGAGAUUACUCAGAGUUGACUCAGUUUCUGCCUCCUAAAUACGAGUAUGUGCUGGCAGUGAGGGUUUCACCACUUCAGUAUACGUUGUAUCGCUACUACCUCGACUACGUCACCAGUAUGGGCUCCGUGACUAACAGAGCAACAGGGAGGGUUGGAGCAAACCUGUUCAAGGACUUUCAGGUGCUCAGCAAAAUUUGGACUCAUCCCUGGUGCCUUCAGCUCAACUUCAUCAGCAAAGAAAACAAGGGAUAUUUUGAAAAGAAGAGAAUUAAAGAGGCAGCUCGAUUGAGAAAAGAAGAAACCACUGUGGUUGAGCGUGGACUGCGAGAGAACGAAGGACAAGAAGGGAAUACCGAUGAAAGCAAUACAGCAGUUAUUGUUGGAAAGAAAGCAACCAUCAGCUCGAAGUCUCAGAGUCUAGAUGAGGGCUGGUUCAAGAAUCUGCUGACUGAAGAAGAUGCCAAAAUCCUUGAGCACUCUGGGAAGAUGGUGCUCUUGUUUGAAAUCCUCAGAAUGGCUGAAGACCUGAACGAUAAAGUGCUUGUGUUCAGUCAGUCGUUGAUCUCAUUAGACCUAAUUGAGGAUUUCCUCAAGACUUUUCACCAUGCCAGAGACCCAUCCUCAUUCCAAGGGGGUAGCUGGAUUAAAAACGUUGAUUACUAUCGUCUUGAUGGUUCCACCAGUGCUCCGCUGAGGAAGAAAUGGGCAGAUCACUUCAAUAAUGCCAGCAAUCAUCGCGGCCGAUUGUUUCUCAUCUCAACAAGAGCCGGCUCACUUGGCAUCAACCUUGUUGCCGCCAACCGGGUCAUCAUCUUUGACGCCUCAUGGAAUCCCUCAUAUGACAUACAGAGCAUAUACAGGGUGUACCGCUUCGGUCAGCUCAAACAAGUGUUUGUGUACCGCUUCUUGGCUCAGGGCACCAUGGAGGAGAAGAUCUACGAUCGCCAGGUGACCAAGCAGUCUUUGUCCUAUCGAGUGGUGGAUCAGCAGCAGAUUGAGAGGCACUUCACCCUUUUUGAACUGACUGAACUUUACGUGUUUGAGCCAGACCUGCUGGGCGACCCAAACUCUAAGAAAAGCAAAAGAACCCCCCCUGUUUUGCCAAAGGAUCAGGUCCUAGCACAGCUAUUACAAACCUGUAAAGACCAGAUAGUGUCUUUCCACGAGCAUGAAUCUCUGCUGGACCAUAAACAAGAGGAGGAGCUCAGUGAGGCAGAACGCAAAGAUGCCUGGGCCGAGUACGAGGCCGAGUCUACCAACCCUCCACCCAGCUCAAGCCUAAACAUCUUGGAUACGAAGACCAAUGAACAGCUAAUGGAAUUGCUGAACAGGAGCAGAGCAAAUGUAGCGGAGGCCUUUAUGGCAAUGCAGAGGACGACUUCUCACACCAUCGAGGAUUACAUGUUACGAGUGUGGCAACAGAAUCCUCAGCUGCCUGAGGCCACGGUUAAGACCAAAGCUAAGAUUUGGAAAGUGUCUGAUGAGAAGGAGAAGGAACGUAGACAGGCCUUUUAUCGAGACAUUUUUGCACAGCAACAAACACUUACACAUAGCAUUCAGGCCAUACUGAAGAAUCGAAGGAAGCAGCCGACCAUGACCACUGUGACCCAGCCUGGACAGACUUGAAGAAAAUCACGUUUUGGUUGGAAAACAAAAUGAUGCCUUUGCUCUUUAUCACUGCUCUACCAGUGAAUUGAAUGUAUGUUUAAUAUGGAAAAAUAACAGUCUGAACUCCUAUAUCAUUAAAACAAUGUACCAGCAGCACAUUGUUUUGAUUUUAUAGAACCUUAUUUCCAUUUCCUAGGAUUUCAAGUAAUGAAUGAAUAAUUUCAGUUGCAAUGUUCAGGUGUACUAACCGUUUUGUUUUGUAAUUUCUCAAGCACUUUAACUAACACCUAGUUAGGUUUAACAAAUGUCUUAUUAAGAAUUUGCAAAAAAACGAGUUGUUAAACUGCUUCAUACCAAAAAAUUCUUGUUGAGUCCGAACUGAGCCUUACUGUACCUGCCUUACUGUUUAACCUCAAUGUUUUUUUCUAUUUAAUUGUGUUUAACAUUGUAUGGGUUUGUUACCAGUUAUCAUUAUGUAAUAAAUUGACAAAACUGAAAA